AUGGGUGACUGUUCCCCUUUUCUCAGGUGCAGUGGACAUGUCAGGCUUGCCAUUGGCCAAGAGAAGAAGGCCUUCCUGGCCCCCGAGUGCCUGUGGUUGGCGGGACCACCAGAAGAAGUGUGCCCCACUAUGGGCACCUUGCCGACAGGAGUGACCAGACGCUGUGCAGGUGGCCCCAAAUGUGCUCGGAUCGAUGAUGACCCCUCAACAGCAUUCCUUGGAAAGCUGAACAAAAUGAGUGAGAACUCCCUACCGUCUUUCUCAUCGAAACUGAGGUCCAGCACGUUGUCUGCCCCAGGGAAGGUGCAUUGGACAGGCCACGCUCGCCGUCGGUCGAGAGAAGGCCUCCCUGGCCCCCAAGUGCCUGUGAUUGGCAGGACCGCUGGAAAAGGUGUGCCCUGCUAUGGGAAUCUUACCGACAGGAGCACCCAGACGGUGCAGUGGACACACCAGGCUCGCCAUUGGUGGAGAGAAGAAGGCCUCCCUGGUCUCCGAGUGCCUGUGGUUGGCGGGACUGCUGGAAGAGGUGUUGCCUGCGACGAGCACCUUGCUGACUGGAGCGAGAAGACGGUGCAGUCGACAUGCCAAGCUCGCCGUCGACUGAGAGAAGAAUGCAUCUCUGGCCCCCGACAGCCCGUGGCUAGCGUAUCUCCCGGAAGAAGUGUGGCCCACUAUGUACAACUUCACGAAAGGAGCACCGAGACGGUGCAGUGGCCACGCCAGGCUCGCGGUCGGCCGAGAGAAGAAGGCCUCCCCGGCCCCCGAGUGCCUGUGGUUUGCCGUACGGCCGGAAGAAGUGUGGCCCGGAACGGGCACCUUGCUGACGGGAGCGUCCGGACGCAUUCCUUGGAAAAGCUGAACAAAAUGAGUGAGAACUCCCUCCCGUCGUUCUCAUCGAAACUGAGGUCCAGCACGUUGUCCGCCCCAGGGAAGGUGCAGUGGCCACGCCAGGCUCGCGGUCGGCCGAGAGAAGAAGGCCUCCCCGGCCCCCGAGUGCCUGUGGUUUGCCGUACGGCCGGAAGAAGUGUGGCCCGGAACGGGCACCUUGCUGACGGGAGCGUCCGGACGCAUUCCUUGGAAAAGCUGAACAAAAUGAGUGAGAACUCCCUCCCGUCGUUCUCAUCGAAACUGAGGUCCAGCACGUUGUCCGCCCCAGGGAAGGUGCAGUGGCCACGCCAGGCUCGCGGUCGGCCGAGAGAAGAAGGCCUCCCCGGCCCCCGAGUGCCUGUGGUUUGCCGUACGGCCGGAAGAAGUGUGGCCCGGAACGGGCACCUUGCUGACGGGAGCGUCCGGACGCAUUCCUUGGAAAAGCUGAACAAAAUGAGUGAGAACUCCCUCCCGUCGUUCUCAUCGAAACUGAGGUCCAGCACGUUGUCCGCCCCAGGGAAGGUGCAGUGGCCACGCCAGGCUCGCGGUCGGCCGAGAGAAGAAGGCCUCCCCGGCCCCCGAGUGCCUGUGGUUUGCCGUACGGCCGGAAGAAGUGUGGCCCGGAACGGGCACCUUGCUGACGGGAGCGUCCGGACGCAUUCCUUGGAAAAGCUGAACAAAAUGAGUGAGAACUCCCUCCCGUCGUUCUCAUCGAAACUGAGGUCCAGCACGUUGUCCGCCCCAGGGAAGGUGCAGUGGCCACGCCAGGCUCGCGGUCGGCCGAGAGAAGAAGGCCUCCCCGGCCCCCGAGUGCCUGUGGUUUGCCGUACGGCCGGAAGAAGUGUGGCCCGGAACGGGCACCUUGCUGACGGGAGCGUCCGGACGCAUUCCUUGGAAAAGCUGAACAAAAUGAGUGAGAACUCCCUCCCGUCGUUCUCAUCGAAACUGAGGUCCAGCACGUUGUCCGCCCCAGGGAAGGUGCAGUGGCCACGCCAGGCUCGCGGUCGGCCGAGAGAAGAAGGCCUCCCCGGCCCCCGAGUGCCUGUGGUUUGCCGUACGGCCGGAAGAAGUGUGGCCCGGAACGGGCACCUUGCUGACGGGAGCGUCCGGACGCAUUCCUUGGAAAAGCUGAACAAAAUGAGUGAGAACUCCCUCCCGUCGUUCUCAUCGAAACUGAGGUCCAGCACGUUGUCCGCCCCAGGGAAGGUGCAGUGGCCACGCCAGGCUCGCGGUCGGCCGAGAGAAGAAGGCCUCCCCGGCCCCCGAGUGCCUGUGGUUUGCCGUACGGCCGGAAGAAGUGUGGCCCGGAACGGGCACCUUGCUGACGGGAGCGUCCGGACGCAUUCCUUGGAAAAGCUGAACAAAAUGAGUGAGAACUCCCUCCCGUCGUUCUCAUCGAAACUGAGGUCCAGCACGUUGUCCGCCCCAGGGAAGGUGCAGUGGCCACGCCAGGCUCGCGGUCGGCCGAGAGAAGAAGGCCUCCCCGGCCCCCGAGUGCCUGUGGUUUGCCGUACGGCCGGAAGAAGUGUGGCCCGGAACGGGCACCUUGCUGACGGGAGCGUCCGGACGCAUUCCUUGGAAAAGCUGAACAAAAUGAGUGAGAACUCCCUCCCGUCGUUCUCAUCGAAACUGAGGUCCAGCACGUUGUCCGCCCCAGGGAAGGUGCAGUGGCCACGCCAGGCUCGCGGUCGGCCGAGAGAAGAAGGCCUCCCCGGCCCCCGAGUGCCUGUGGUUUGCCGUACGGCCGGAAGAAGUGUGGCCCGGAACGGGCACCUUGCUGACGGGAGCGUCCGGACGCAUUCCUUGGAAAAGCUGAACAAAAUGAGUGAGAACUCCCUCCCGUCGUUCUCAUCGAAACUGAGGUCCAGCACGUUGUCCGCCCCAGGGAAGGUGCAGUGGCCACGCCAGGCUCGCGGUCGGCCGAGAGAAGAAGGCCUCCCCGGCCCCCGAGUGCCUGUGGUUUGCCGUACGGCCGGAAGAAGUGUGGCCCGGAACGGGCACCUUGCUGACGGGAGCGUCCGGACGCAUUCCUUGGAAAAGCUGAACAAAAUGAGUGAGAACUCCCUCCCGUCGUUCUCAUCGAAACUGAGGUCCAGCACGUUGUCCGCCCCAGGGAAGGUGCAGUGGCCACGCCAGGCUCGCGGUCGGCCGAGAGAAGAAGGCCUCCCCGGCCCCCGAGUGCCUGUGGUUUGCCGUACGGCCGGAAGAAGUGUGGCCCGGAACGGGCACCUUGCUGACGGGAGCGUCCGGACGCAUUCCUUGGAAAAGCUGAACAAAAUGAGUGAGAACUCCCUCCCGUCGUUCUCAUCGAAACUGAGGUCCAGCACGUUGUCCGCCCCAGGGAAGGUGCAGUGGCCACGCCAGGCUCGCGGUCGGCCGAGAGAAGAAGGCCUCCCCGGCCCCCGAGUGCCUGUGGUUUGCCGUACGGCCGGAAGAAGUGUGGCCCGGAACGGGCACCUUGCUGACGGGAGCGUCCGGACGCAUUCCUUGGAAAAGCUGAACAAAAUGAGUGAGAACUCCCUCCCGUCGUUCUCAUCGAAACUGAGGUCCAGCACGUUGUCCGCCCCAGGGAAGGUGCAGUGGCCACGCCAGGCUCGCGGUCGGCCGAGAGAAGAAGGCCUCCCCGGCCCCCGAGUGCCUGUGGUUUGCCGUACGGCCGGAAGAAGUGUGGCCCGGAACGGGCACCUUGCUGACGGGAGCGUCCGGACGCAUUCCUUGGAAAAGCUGAACAAAAUGAGUGAGAACUCCCUCCCGUCGUUCUCAUCGAAACUGAGGUCCAGCACGUUGUCCGCCCCAGGGAAGGUUAAUGUGAACCAAAACCUUGGUUUCAUAUGAAUAAAAAGUAUCUCCUUCCUCUUGAGAUGUGACAAGGAACAAAGUAUUGGGAAUAAUUCUACCAUCUCAUCCUCAAGAACCAGUAGGAAUUCUACCACCAAUUUAGAGGUGAUAGUGGAAUUGGAUGGAAUUCCUAUUACUGCUCCAAUGAACUACUGAUUUUGUUACUUGUUACCAGCUCACUUCUAUGGGAAUAAUCAGAAUAGUGCACUCCAGAGAUGGUCUUGUGAAAAUUGAUAAGCUAGAAACAAUUUUCUUUUGUCAAUGGAACUGUGGGAGCUUCUCUUGGACUUCAUGAGAUGGUAAUGAUGGGGCCUAAAAGGGAAGAGAAAUUGUCUAUGCCUUUGCCUUUCUUGAAUUCUAUCUCCAGAGAGUAAGAUAACAACUUAAUUUUAAGUCAGUGAUUCUCCAUUCCUACCUGUGGUCUUUUGGACACCCUUGCAGAAGAUCACUUCUUGGGAGUUCAUUUGAAGUGAAUGAUACCAGUAAAGCCUUGAAACAAGACUCUUCAGACAAAGGGGCUGUUGUCCAAAUGCUACCCUCUGAAGGUGAUGACCACAAAUGUGAGGUGGAUUUAUUACUGAGGGUGCCAUUACUUCUACUACAAGCUUCACCAAAACAAUGAUACAGUCUUCUUUAUGCUUGGAGACUCGUCUCUUUCCUGUGUUGCAGUGGACACCUCCUGCAGAUAAGAAAUGCUUAACUGAGAAAUGCUCAUGUUGGGAUAUCAUCGAUGAGACUUUAAUUUGGGCAUGGUGACUGUUUCCCUUGCUGCCACUUGACUCAAUCCCAGGAGCCUCAGUAGAGGAAAUAUUAUUGCACAAGAAUCUCAAAAUGAUGGAAUUGCUCAGUGCUCCCAUAAAUAUAUUUAUAAUUUCCAUUUGCCGUAUGGUAAAAUUUAAAUAUUGGAUAUAUUGAAAAGAAACUACACAAUUUUUUUUUCAAAACUUCAAAGUGUAUCUAAAUAUAUAAUAUAUAAAUUAAGUUCCCUCCUCCCUCCCAAUUCUACCCCCCCAAAGUUUUCUUCUAUUAAAGGAGUUGUGUGCAUUCUUUAAGUGGAUAGAUGCACACAUACAGUCACACAGACACAUACACACAAACUAUUUUGAGGGGUUCUGGAAGUAGGGC